CGGCUUAGGGCGGGAAAAGGAGAGCGAGACUGGUACAGUGGUUAGGGCGGGCGGGAAAAGGUGAGAGGGAAUGGCGAAGCCAACGGGUGAGGAUAGAGAGAGAAACGAAGGGAAGAGUAAGAAGAGGAAGACAGAGAGAUCACCAUCUCCUCCAACUCUCACCAUCGCUCUACCUGGCUCUAUCAUCCGCAACGCCCAAUCUCUCGAGCUCGCCACCCUAUUGGCUGGUCAGAUAGCACGGGCGGCAGCCAUUUUUAGGAUUGAUGAGGUAGUAGUAUUUGAUGACAAAGAGACAUUAUCCAAGGAUUCUGGUUCAACUUUACCGAAUGGCGAUGAUGAAUAUUCAAGUGGGGCGCCAUUCCUUGUUAAAAUUCUUCAGUAUCUCGAGACACCCCAAUAUUUAAGGCGUAUCCUCUUUCCCAAACAUGGUAGCUUAAAAUACGUGGGUUUGUUGCCCCCUCUUGAUGCUUCUCACCAUGUGAGAAAGCAUGAAUGGUCGGAAUUUAGAGAAGGUAUAACCAUGAAAGCCAAAUCCUCAAUAUCUGCUGGUACAUUAGUUGAUGUUGGCUUAAGCAAGGAAGUCAUGGUCGAGCAAGUUCUCGAACCCGGAUUACGAGUAACUGUAAACAUGGGGAGUGAUCGACGUCUCGAAUCAGAUUGCCUGCUUAAAGUAGUGAGCUCUUCUAAGCCUAGAGAACUUGGACACUACUGGGGUUACAGAGUUCGAUAUGCAUGCAACAUUAGUUCUGCCUUCAAUGAAUGCCCUUAUGAGGGUGGAUAUGAUCAUCGAAUUGGAACCUCAGAGCAUGGUACCAUCAUUGAUUCAUCAGAUCUGACUAUUCCAUCUUUCAGGCAUUUAUUAAUUGCAUUUGGUGGACUUGGUGGUCUUGAAGAGAAUGUUGAGGAGGAUACAAACUGUAAGGUAUUGGUUGUUUCCCCAUCACUGCAUUUUUAUACCUUGUUUCAUGUGAAAAUGACCUAGUUCUAAUGGCUAUGAACUUCUCCUCUCACUUUGGUUCCAAGACCCUCGCACUUGUCCAUCAUCUUAAGAGAAAUGGAGAAGGAAAAGGCUCAACUUUCAUUGCAUUUGACUCCAGGGAAAUAGAUAAUUAAUUGGAUGAAGGAAGACCCUCAGGUGUUGAGGAGGAUAACGCUCUUCCUUCCUGACAAACUAUUCUUGGAUAAACAUUCUUGUGCUGCUAACUUUCUUCCCCAUGGCUGCCUAGUGAAAACAUUUUUUCCGUUGGUUUUAGGUUUGCUCGGAGUUCUUUUAUAGAGAAACAAGUGUCUAUCAGAAAAUAGUCUCUAGGAGAUAGAAAAUCUGUAUGUGUGUGCGCGAGAGAGAGAGAGAGAGA